GAAAGGGGAAAGGGGACACUCUGCUCUGUUAAAGAAAACAGAAAGAAAAGGACGAAAACAGACAAAAUAAUCUCACCGAAAAUAUCCAAAACAAGCAACAAAGAAAAGGAACAUGCGCCAGAUUAUGCGAUUUCAUAAACUCGCUAUCGCUUUUCUUUAGAUGGGAAUUCCGCCCUCACUAUUGGAUUAAACGGAGAAUAAACCUAUUCCGGGAUUGACAGCAUAAGGAGGGAUGGCCCAGCUGCGGAAGCUCAGCUGCGAUGGGCUGAGAACGAGCGCUCACGCUGACCUCCGGGGACCGCAGGUCUCCACCCGACAGGAAAUCCUCACCAGCCUGGUGUCGGCCUUGGACUCUGUGUGUUCGGCUAUGUCCAAGUUAAACGCUGAGGUAGCCUGUGUCACUGUGCAUGAGGAUAACGUGAUUGCCGUGGGGACAGAAAAGGGGCGGAUUUUCCUCAACUCCAGGAAGGAAAUACAGACAGACUUUCACAAAUUCUGCAGGGUGUCUUGUCUACAAGCAUUAAAUUCUGUCAACUCCCACGCCAAAGUUACUGAUGCGGAAUGCAGCCGCGCAGGCAAGGAAAGCAUCACGCCGGGGAAGCAGCGAACCCUAGCAGACACUCACUCCAACAUCUUUGUUCUGAGGAAGAUGGUGGAGGAGGUCUUCAGCGUGCUGUACAGCGAGGCUGUGGGGAAGAGCACCCUGGUCCCCGUGCCUUACGAUUACAUCCAGAAGGAACCAGCUGCCGUGCUCGUGCACGGUCUGCCCGACGGGGUGAACCUGAGGAGGCCAGCCGAGUACGACACAAAGACGCUGAUGAAGAUUCUGGAACAGAGCAACCGCAUCCGCUUCAUCGUCAAACGGCCACCAGAUGAGCGCGACAGCAAAUCCUGUUCGGAAGCCAACCACCACCCUUCCACGGUCGCCAAGGGCGCUGGCAGCCACGCCCCCGCCAAGCCGCCCACACAGGAAGUGCCCGGGAGCGGGUCCGUGCUCUCCAGCUUCCUGUACGGCAUGCCUAUGUCCUCCCAGCCCCACCCGGAUGGCAAGCUGGAGCUCAAGCCUUCAGUCCCGCACGUCCUGGGUCAGGAGCGGAUGACCAUGUGGGCGUCGGGAGACGACAAGGGGCCUGUGACCAUAGACGGCUCAGACGGUGGUGAACGGCUAGGACUUGGAGGGGACCUCGCGCAGAGCCCCCCCAGCAUCCACGUCUCCAAGCGCCUUCUGUUCUCCAUAGUCCAUGAAAAAUCAGAAAAAUGGGACGCAUUUAUCCGGGAAACAGAGGACAUCAACACGCUACGAGAAUGUGUGCAGAUCCUGUUCAACAGUCGUUACGCUGAAGCGCUGGGCUUGGAUCAUAUGGUUCCCGUGCCGUACCGGAAGAUCGCCUGCGAUCCUGAAGCUGUAGAGAUCAUUGGGAUACCUGACAAGAUUCCCUUCAAGAGGCCAUGUACCUACGGAGUGCCUAAGCUGAAACGAAUCUUGGAAGAGAGACACAGCGUGCGCUUUGUUGUGAAACGAAUGUUUGACGAGCGGAUUUUCACGGCUGCAGGGAAAGUCGCCAAGGAGGAGGGCAAGCAGGACUGCUCUGCCCCUGACGACUGCUUCCCAGAAGGCCUGAGGGUGCCAAGCUCCGCCCUGGAGCUGGUGAGCCACACCCACAGCAGCAGGUCCACCAGCUCCUGUGUUAGUCCCCUGGCAGAGUGUGAAGCAGGGCCUUCAGGAGACUGCAUCCCUUUGAAAAAGAUCAAAAUGGAGCCACCAGAUGGUGAAAUCAUUCAGGUGACUGUGCCAGAGUCUUCUGCAAUCUCAGAGGAGCCGAGUGAGCCUCAGGCUGACCUAGUGACCCCUGACAUCCGUCGCCCUCUGGAGCCACUAGCAGCGGACAUGUUGGCGCAGAAGUCUACGCCUCAGGGGCUGAAGAGAGUCGUGGAAGAAGACAUUGGAGAGAUGAUUCUUCAGCUGCGAAAGCAAGUGGAGAGUCUCUUCAGCACGAAAUACGCUGAGGUUCUUGGCCUGCCCGAACCAGUUAAGGUGCCCUAUUCCAAGUUCCAGAUGUAUCCAGAGGACCUGUACAUCACAGGGCUUCCAGAAGGGAUUACGUUUCGGAGGCCCAACUGCUUCGGAGCAGCCAAACUUCGGAAGAUUCUUAGUGCCAGUAGCCAAAUCCAGUUUGUUAUCAAACGACCAGAGUUGUUAACAGAAACUCAACUCAAGCACGAGCCCCUAACUCAACCAGCUGGUGACAUCGCCGAGUUGGACUCCAAAGAUAAUCUAGCAGAAGACCCUGGGCCAGCCUCCAAGAGACCAGCAUUCUCAGAUAGUCUAGAAGCUAAGCUGUCCCGCAUCGACCUGGCCAACACGCUGAGGGAGCAGGUCCAGGACCUCUUCAACCGGAAGUACGGCGAGGCACUGGGCAUCAAGUACCCCGUUCAAGUGCCUUACAAGCGGAUCAAGAGCAAUCCAGGCUCGGUGAUCAUCGAGGGUCUGCCCCCCGGCAUACCCUUCCGCAAGCCGUGCACAUUCGGCUCGCAGAACCUAGAGAGGAUACUGGCUGUGGCUGAUAAGAUCUCCUUCACCAUAACGAGGCCUUUCCAAGGACUAAUCCCCAAGCCAGCACCACGAAGAAUCACAUUAUUGAAGAAAGCGUAUGCCUCCAUAAAUGACGAUGACGAGGUCAAUCGUAUGGGUGAGAAAGUCAUCUUGCGUGAACAAGUGAAAGAACUGUUCAACAAGAAAUAUGGGGAAGCUCUAGGCCUGGAUCGAUCCGUCAUAGUCCCGUACAAACUGAUCCGGGCCAGUCCGGACUCUCUGGAGGUGUGCGGGCUUCCAGAUGACAUCCCCUUCAGGAACCCCAACACCUAUGACAUAGCUCGACUGGAGAAGAUCCUUCAGGUUCAAGAUGACAUCACCAUCAACAUCAAAACCCCCUUACAGCCUUUUGUUCAGCUUUGCCCUCAGACUUGUAAUACAGAAGGGAAGGAAGUUUCCAUUAAUCGACGCAAGCGCAAGCGAAUCCUGGACAACAGCCAGGCAAUUGGGUCCUCUGGGGUGGACCCCACCGCGACAGCCAAUCAGAUCCCUGUGAUGCAGUGGCCAAUGUACAUGGUGGACUACAGUGGCGUGAACGUGCAAGUCCCAGGCAAAGUGAAAUACUAGUCGACUCCCCAACGAGAAGCCCACGAGAAGACGAAAAACCACCGGUGUCCUCGCAAGCGUCGGAGCUUGGAGACGCGUGCCGCGCUUUCGGGUUGCCCGGUGGUUCGAUGCAAAAUCCGUUCGGCCGUGCUACAGGACUCUGCUUCGCAGAUCGCCAGUGCUUUACUUCCGGAAAGGCUGUUCCGUUAAAAGGAGUGUUUUGUCUGCAUUUCCGAAGAGUUGUGCAUUACGUUUUGCGUUCUAGGAGUUGCUCUACUAUACGGCCAUGUAAACAAUCGCGGCUAACUAACCAUCUCAAGUACAGUAAAAUACUUAUGGUCGGGAUGUUCAUAUUCCCGAACAAGAUUAAUAAUACAUAGGCAUAGGAUACAAAACCAGGACUGGUGCUGAGGUCUUACGCCUAGCUAAAUGUUUGUAUUAUUAUUUAUUUAUUUAUUUAAAUAAAAGUAAAGAAACUUGUAUAUGCAGGGAAUGUAUAAAAUUCAGUACAAAGCAUCAAGUGCUGAAUACCACGACUGACACUCAAACAAUUCAAACGAUUAGCUACUGUAUGCAUUCAGAGGCUUUUUUGUUGUUGUUGUUUUUUGUUGGUUUUUUCACUACAGGGGUUUUUGUCCCUAAAGUGGAGUAUCAUACCAUGAUAGCACUAACUUAUAUUCCAAUGAAAGACUUUUUAUUAAUAUUGUAGCUUUGUAAGUUACUCUUAACGAUCAUUGAACAUGGAGAAGUAUGUCAUGGAGAAAUCACGAAUGUAUUGUAUGUAAAGGAAAGAAUGGUAUAACAUUAUUCUGUAAGGACCGUCUCUGGAAUCACCAGUAUUUAUAUGCUGUACCUUAAUGCCAUUUAGGCCUUUCAAAUAAAAUGUGUUGCCUUGC